AUGGCCGAACCGCAGCAGGCUCAUGUGGAGUUGGUGGUCAAGGAUGACGACGACGAGAAGAAGAAGGCGGCUGCUGAGGAAGACAGUGGCAAGCACGUCGACCCGGCCACUUUGAUCUGCGAUCCCAAUCUGACGCUGAACGACGGCAAGGCGUACGUGAUCACGAAGAGACCGGAGAGCAGCAGCGGAAAGAGCCACAGCGAGGCGGCCGCAGCCGAUCCGACGCCCAUCGAGCUGGUGGCCGACGCCGAGGAGGUCGACCUGAACCACUGUCGCGUGGCCACCAUGGCCAACUUCACCGUCCUGCAGAAGGCGGAGACGAUUGGCCUGCGCAACAACAUGAUCACCCGCAUCGAGGGCAUCAGCCAGCUGGUGGGCAGUCUGCGGGAGCUGGAGCUGUACGACAACCAGAUUACCCGCAUCGAGAAUCUGGACGAGCUGGUCAACCUUGAAAUUCUUGACAUCUCCUUCAACCGCCUGACCAAGAUCGAAGGCCUCGAGAAACUGGUCAAUCUACGCAAGCUCUUUCUGGUCAACAAUAAGAUCGAGGUAAUUGAAAAUCUGGACACGCUGGUCAACCUGGACACGCUGGAGCUGGGCGCCAAUCGCAUUCGCAAGAUUGAAAAUCUGGGCCACCUGAGCAAGCUGACGCAGCUGUACCUGGGCAAGAAUAAGAUCGCCGAGCUGGAAAACCUGGGCCAGCUGAAGGCGUUGACGCUGCUCAGCAUUCAAAGCAACCGCAUCGUCUCGAUGAAGACGGGCCUGGAGGAGCUGACCGAACUGGACCAGCUCUACAUCAGCCACAAUGGCCUGCAGGAGAUUGAGGGUCUGGAGAAGAACGUCAAGCUAACCACUUUGGACGUGGCAGGCAACCGCAUCAAGCGCCUCGCCAACAUCGAGCACCUGCAGCAGCUGGAGGACUUCUGGGUGAACGACAACCAGGUGGAGGACUGGCGAAACCUGGAGGCGGUCCUCGGCAAGCUGCCCGCCCUGCAGACGCUCUACCUGGAGCGCAACCCGGUGGCCGCCGACCCGAUGUACCGCAAGAAGCUGAUGCUCAUUGCGCCCAAGCUGCGCCAGAUUGACGCCACCAUGUGUCGAGCUUAG